AUGAAACGAAGCCCGUGGUCACGCAAAUCGAACGUUGUGCGCGCGAGCUACAGAUUGCCGGGCGAUUGGCAAACCAGUCCCGCGUUCUACGAUAGCACCUUGCUCUACUUUUUUUUUAGGCAGUGCUGUCCGUCUCAAGACCCAACACAUCCCGACUAUGUGCCCUCGAUUUUCGCCUUCAAGGCUCAGACAGAUGUGUCGAGGAAGAUAGCUCGUCACGGUCGACUCCAGGAACGAGUGAAACGACAAAAUGAGCAAGCCCAGUCAAGAGACGACGCUGCUACUGCCAAGGGAUCCAAACUUAGCCAUGAGGAACUUCCCUGCACCGAAGAUGCAGCAACAGCUGAUGCAGGUGCCAACACCGAAAUGACAGGAGGCCAAGUUGAGGUUCUGCUGCAAGAAAAUGAGAGCCUCAAGAAGCAAGUGUGCGACCUUAAAAAUGAGCUCGCGAAGACAACUGAAACUUUGAGGGGCUUCAAAGCAUCCAAUGAGAACCUCAAAAGAAGCCUUGAGAGCAACACCCCCACGAAAGAUGCUCUUAAAGAUGACCUUCGUGUAAAGUUCUACACUGGUCUCAUGUCGCGGAAUAUGUUCCAUGCUCUUCUAAGCUUUAUCUUAUCGUUUUGGAAACCCGACACACAGACCUUCCUCGAGCCAGAGGAGCAACUUGUGAUGGUUUUAAUGAGGUGGUUGGACGUUCUCGCGUGCAAUUUGGGGAACCUCUUGAUUUGGCCAUCACGAAGAGCUAUCCGCUGCAACCUUCCAGAGGUCUUCAGUGACCCCAUUUUUAAGGACGUUAGGUGCACAGUGGACUGUUCAGAAAGCUUUAUUCACAAGCCAUCCUUCAUGUCUGCCAGGAGCCAGACAUUCUCCCAGUACAAACACCAUAACACUGUUAAGUUCUUAGUAGCUGUCUCUCCAGCAGGUUCCAUAACGUUCAUCUCAAAGGCUUGGGGUGGGCGUGUAUCCGACAAGGAACUCACUUCAAAAUGCGGACUUCUGGACAAGAUUGAGGAGGGCGACGUCAUCUUGGCUGACAGAGGCUUCAAGUGUGAGGAACUCUUCGCAGCCAAGGGUGCCUCAGUGCUGAUGCCGUCUUUCACCAAGGGGAAGAAGCAGCUGUCGGGCGAGGAAGUGGCCCUGUCAAGGAAGCUUUCCCGGGCCCGCAUUCAUGUCGAACGUACCAUUCAGAGACUGAAGACAUUUCGCAUCUUUCAAAUGGUCCUCCCCAUCUCGUACGUAAAGAAGGUUGGGGACGUAGGGCUGAGCACCAUUGAUAAGACCCUGAUUGUGUGCUCCGCACUGGUGAACCUGCAAAGCCCCCUCAUCGCAGGAGUGGGCCAGAAUGACCGAUAA